AUGUCGAUCAGCGCCAAAGCCAAUAAAGUCAGAAGAAGGCGCGAUAAGCAGUUUAAAGCUGCCCUCAAGCAUCUAAGGGAAAGCAUCGAGGAGUCCGAUCAACCCGUCGCAUCACACAUCAAGUCUGUGAGUGCACUUCAAUCCCAGCUUGAGUAUGCGUGGCAGAGAUUUCAAUCCUGCCAAAAAGAAUUAGACGAUUUAGAUGACGAGGACCUCGCACAGGAAAAGCAAGCCUGGAAGGAUUAUGCUGAGCUGAGCUCGCGAAUCCACAACAUCGCAAGCAAAAAGCAACAAUCAACAUGUCGGAUGCCAUCUAAUCAUGAAUUAGAUAACAAGUCAUCCAUUACCGCCACGCCGGUAACGACUAAGCUGCCAGAAAUUCACAUACCCACAUUCGACGGUAUAAUGGCAAACAAAACAAGAAUCACCGCCUUGCAUGAGGAUUGGAUCGAUCUAAGCGAAGACUUCAAGAGCAUAAGGAGACUACUCAACAAAUACGAACUGUCCGGUCAGCACAACAAGGACGUCUUAAUAACUUACCGAAAACUAGUUGACGACAUUUGGAGACGAUUCAACAUUGUCUUUGACGAAUUGCUUGAGAUCGACGACAACGAACCUGAGGACUUACGGGAUGUUUAUAUAGAGCUGGUAACACGAUUGAACAACCUCAACGAAAUUAAUUCUUCCUCAACGGAUGCCUCCAACACAGUGGCGAAUCCAAAACCACCGGAACGCUGCCGCAACACUUCCAGCAGUGUCCAGAGACGUAAGAAUAAUUUCAAUAAUAACAGUAACAAUGUUCAUACUCCGCCGAUGGAGAAAGUCGUAUCGAAUCUAGCGCCGAUUCCGUCGCAUGACAAGCGAAGUUCAUUGCAUAAUAAGAAUAAUAAUACGCGCAGCUCGCCAACACGCGACUUGACAACCAAGCUCGCAUCGUCGUUACCUGAACGAUCUGAUUCAACGCUACCAAUCGGUUUGAAUCAGACAACUACUCAAGUCCGCAGCUCAUCGCCUACACGCGAUUUGACGACAACCAAGUUUGCGUCAUCAUUAUCUGAACGAUCUGAUUCAACGCUACCGAUCGCCUUGAAUCAGAUAACUUCUAACGUUCGUCGUUCGUCACCUACACGCGAUUUGAAGACUAACUCUCACGAGCCUCUGGAUCAGAAGGAACUGAAUCCCGUCCAGGACAACUAUGGUCAUACUUCGCCGACUGAGAAUGUCUUAUCAAAUCCAGUGACGAUUCCGUUGCAUGAUACACGGAACUCAACGCACGACACUCGCACCGCGUCACCGACACGCGACUCGACGACGACCAAGUACGCGACAUUAUUAUCGGAACAAUCUGAUUCAACGCUAGCAAACUCCUUGAAUCAGACAACUUCUAAUACUCGCAACUCGUCGCCUACACGCGAAUUGAGGACAACCUCUCACGACCCUCCGGACCGGAAAAAACUGAAUCCCGUCCAGGACAACUAUGGUCAUACUCCGCCGAUGGAGAAUAUCUUAUCAAAUCCAGUGACGAUUCCGUUGCAUAAUACACGGAAUUCAACGCACGACACUCGCACCGCGUCACCGACACGCGACCUGACGACAACCACGUUCGCAUCGUCAGCAUCACAACAAUCUGAUUCAACGCCACCAGACGCAUUGAAUCAAACAAUCCUUCACGAUCGGCGGGAUCGCGAAGAAGAGAGAAUCUCAUCAGACGACAAUUCGGCUCCGCCAUUGAUCUCUACGAAUCCGUCACAGGAUGUCUCAUGCCCUAUCACGGCAAUUCAUAAAGUAGAGAACAACGUGUUAAACUCCGUCAAUGGCACCGAGGUCUAUCCGAAGUCGAAAUCAACGACAAACUCUCCGGAAUCCACGACGUUCGAUUCAUCCAGGAACAGGUUCUCCUCGAGCAUCACUUCGACGGCUAACAACCUAUCCUGCAUCACGGCAUUUGCAACACAUGAAACAAAUAUCAUGCCGGAAACUCAAUCUCCAGAAAAUAACCUGAAGACUCCGCCUUCGCCACGGCCGAAAGAGUCCACACGCGCGAGUGAUCCGAAUCGGAAUGAUAUUUUAAAAAAUAACCUUAGAGAAAGUGCCCGUAAAUUAGGAUUAUUCGAAGAUUUCCACUUCCAACGUGAUAAUGAUCCUAAGGAUACUGAUAGAAUUGUGAAAGAACGGAUCGUAUAUAACACACCACACAUGUUAAUUACCCUACCGCAAAGUCCAGACAUAAAUCUGAUUGAAAAUGUAUGGGCUGAAAUUGGAAAAAGAUGA